AAUGAAUAUUUUGGUCGAAGGUUCCAUUUCAGGUGACUGAGGAGUUGAUUUCAGCACGAUGCGAAAGGAAGGACACUCAAUUUCAGGGUUAGAAUUGCACAAAAAUGCACGAAGAUGAUGAAAGUAAUAGACGAAGUCGGUGGAUCAGAUGAAGGAGAACUAGAGGAUGGUGAAAUUGAAGAGGAAGAAGGUCAAAUUCUGCCUCCAGAUCUAGAUGAACUGAGCAGUGUUGUCGAUGUUGUUCAGUUGCCGUCGCCUUCGAGUCCGACAUCGGUAAAAAAAGCAAAUCUUCCGGAGAAGUCAAAUGAGAAUAAAAAGGUUACUGGCGAUAUUGACGGAAGAAAGGAGAAGCGGACCCCAAAAUUAAAUGCAAGUCGUAGAAGAGAGUCUUUACCUAAAAGUUACAGGUUAAAGGAAACAAGGACUACAAAGCGCAAGAAAUCACGGAGUCCAGAAAAUGAUGGACGCGAGCGGAAACGGAGUGGAUCGUCGAGUUCCAGCGGGAAGAGUCGGGCACAGAGACGGGCAAGUGAGGCGGUGAAGCGCGCCAGCAAAAGACGAGAUCGCGACCGAGAAUCACCGGCGGGGUCGGGGAGGAGAUCCAGCCGAAAUUUGUCUCGAAGAUCAAGGUCAAGGUCACCGGUGAUCAGACAUCAGAGAUCAUAUCGGCACUUGACCCAUGAGCCUGAGCUUGCUGAAUAUGAACGUCUUCUUCGAGAUCAUCGCAGCAUCCAGAACAAGAUCAGAGAAGAAAAGAGACGGCUCUCUGGUGGUUCCCAUAGCAACAAGUCUACACAUGGAUAUGAUAAAGGGCAGACUUCACAAUCAAAAAGUCGUGGAAGAUCAAAAGACAAAUCAGCAGUGAAAAUUACCAAGAAAAAACCAGAUGAAGAUAACGAAGAUGAAGAGAUGAUGCUCCUUCAACUCAGAAAAGUUGCCCUGGCGUCACUGGCAAAAGAAGAGAAAGGGAAAGAGAAGACGGACAAGACUGAUACAGGUGAUGUGCAGAUUUCAGUUGGGAAAAAUGGUGACGUCAUCAAACCGGAAAUUCCAGUUGUUGAGAAACAGAGUGGAAGUUCACUCCAAGCUAAUAAUAACAAUUCUUCGGAAGCUACCAUUUCGUCAGCAACGGGGGAGCAAGACACGUCUGUUCCUGAGGGACAGUUUGACAACUAUGAAGAAGUAGAAAUGGAAGUGGAUGAUGAAGAGGAAGAAAAAGAAAAUGUGCCCAAACCUGGAACUCAAGGAGCAGGCAAUUCAGUUAAGGAUCCUAUUGCAGCCUUAGAUGUGGUGGUCAAAGAUGAGGACGAUGAUGAGGAGAAUCUUCUGAGGGCUCAACUCUUGAAAUCUAUGCUUACCAAGAGAGCAGCUAAAGCACAGUCUGAAAAGAUCAACUCCAGUACCGGCAGCACUCCAUGCAAACCUUUAUCACCGGCCACACCCCCGCUUUCCUCAGCCCCCUCCCCACCCCCAUCCUCUACCCCUCCCCACCGUACCUCCACCCCGCCCCCUAAUGCCUCGACUCCGCCCACUUUGUCCAGGUCGUCCUCUCCUGUCCCCGCAAGGCUUCAGCAACAGGGUUCCUCAUUGGCCAGCCAGGUGCCUAGCCGAGCAAAGCCACCAGUGGUUCCAGUCCAUCUUCCUGUCGUAAUCAACCUUGAAGAGGACAGUGAUGAGAGCGAAGAAGAGUCCUCGUCAAGCUCUGUUCCGUUCAUGGGACAGCUAGAUUCAUUCCUCAAAGAAUUCAGGAUGUCUUCCAAUACUCGGAGUACUAAGACUACUGCACAAACAGCAAAAGGGAAACAACACGCUCAGUCAUCCUCCAAGGUGGCCCCGAUUCCUAAGACCCCAGAAGCCAUCAAGGCUGCCCCAACACCGCGCCGCCAAGAAUACCACCGUCUCAGAGAGGAGAUCGCUCGCCGGGAGCAUAGAACGUUAUCCUCAAAGCCUCAAGGAUCUGUUGGAAGAUCUGAACUGCAUGACAGAAAGACACCUAAGCAUGCAGGUGUCGAAAGACACAAAGGCUCGGGGAGUGGACGGGAUGAGGCAUCCGGGCGUGGCACGACUAGUCUACCGGUAGAUGGUGGGGAGCUUGAGCUCGGGAGGCAGCAGAUGCAGGUUAGGAUAACGGCUCAAAAUGAGAGACAGGUUGUAAAGGGCAUGGUUGCGGCCAACGCUGACCAAGGGACGCAGGAGACUGCUGCGGGCAGUAGAAACACCGAGGCGAUACCUUUACAGGUCACCGUCAACCCCACCUCUCGUCUCAAGGGUGAGUCGAAUCCCACCAGGACUGUGCAGAGCACACUAGCAGCAGCAUUGUCCAGGGAACUUAGUGCCAUUAGAGCAUUGACCGGUACACAUGUUACCGUAGAAACGCAACCUCCACCAUCAAUGAAUGCGGGAAGCAUGAAGGAAGACAACACAAGCAGUGAAGUUGCAAGGAAGAAUCUGGAGUUGAAAAUUGCGGAGAAGGAAAAGCAGAGAGAGCAGCUGGCAAAGGUGAUGAUGGAGAGAGAGAAGCAAGAAGAGAUGCAGAGGAAGAAGAUGGAGGAGAUGAAGGCCAGGAGGAAGCAGGUCUUAGAAUGGGAGAGGAAGAGGAAGGAGUAUAGUUUACUCUUGAAGAAAGAUAAAGGCCUAAUCAUCAACCAGGAACAACAGAUUACAAGAAGACGUAAGAACAUCAACGUAGCCAAGGUACAGUUGGAACGGCUCAGGGAACAAGUCGCUGCAAUGGAGAAAGCACUUAGUAUGAAUCAGGCCCAAAUGAUCAAGCAUGCUAAACAGAAAACGGCUUUGGAAGCGAGGAUGGCCCAGCGCCUUGAAUUAGACAACCAGGCCCGCUCCCAUCUUGCCAAAUUGAGGGGCGUGGCCAUCUCUAACAUUAGCCAAUCGGAGUACCAGUCCCACCUCUCGAGGCCCGGUACCCAAGAAGUGCCUGCUCUACUCGGAGAUAAGAGGAGAAACGAUGGAUCGGAAUCUAGUGAUAUAGAUACAAAGAAAGCAAAGACAGCUGGCCAGACUGCUGACCUGAAGAAACUCCAGGAUAUGGAGCGCCACCUAGCGGACAAGAUUCGCGAGUUCCGAGAGGCCGAGGCGAAGAAAGCCCUCGUAGGUGUCACAGCAAAGUCUGUCGUCCCAGAAAACAAAGCUAAACUCGUCCGGCAACUCUCUUCUUCAAAACCCUCUGCAAAGAUUUACACCAAAGAUGUGAUCAAGCUUAGUGCUGAGGCAACAGCCGCUUUAGAUAAUGAGGUCCCAGAGGUGAAAGUUGAAGGGUCAAAUGCCAAAGGUCAAGAGAGGAGGAAAUCAUGGUUGGAUGCGAAUCCGACCCUUACGCCAAAUAUCAAGAGCCGCUCUAAGCCUUCUACACCCAACACCCCAAGCGUGGCUGCACUUGGUAAGAUGAAAGCAAAGUUCAAGUCAGAAGGUCAGAGGUCAGGUCAAAAGUCGGCUCAAAGUUCACUGUCUGACACGUCCUUGGAGAGUGACCUUCUGCAGUGGAUUGAGUCAUCAGAGAGGACCGGUAGCCCGGUUCCUGACUCCGUGGACACUCCUAAGAACUUGCCGCUGUUUGGUCAAAAGGCACUGAAGUCAGGGUACAUGAGUCGCAUUAGGAAAGAGCAGAAGGAAUCAGAGAAGCAGGGCCCAGACUUUCUCUCCUUGAGCUUCAAUCAAAGACUGCCCUCUAUGGAAGCAGUAGGGUCAGGAUGCUUCCAUGUAGACUGGUGUAAAGAUACAAAUAAGGAUGAACAUGCAAGUAUAGAAGCUGUAGAACCAAUGAAGAAUGAAGGAGAGAAUGUGUCUCCAGUCAAGGUUGAUUCUAGAGGUCUUAUGGCUUACAGAAGUUCCUUACUGCCUUUCAAAGCUUUCAGGCUUAGCCCCCUGUUCCGCUACAAGGCAGGUUAUUCCGUCCAAUCACCCAGCUUCACUAAUAAGCUUGAUGCCAGCAGGCCACUCUGUCAGUACGAGCUGAAAGGAACAUGCAAUGAUGAUGACUGUGUUUGGCAACAUGAGAGAGACUAUACCAUGUCAUCGAGGGAGAUGCUGACCGAUCUCCUUUCCUACAACGCUGUCAGCAAGGCCCAUGACAAGGAUGACAUCACAAUGAAGAACAUCCCAGCGAGCCCGAUUCGGCAUAAACCAGCUUCCACCGAGAAAGACAAACUCAAUACCUGCAUAGAGAAGGUUCUUGGUGGAAACGAAGAAGGUGUUGUUUCUCGCCUUAUCUCUUGCCCCCGUAAAUGGCGCCCAAGGCCCCGCCCCCGCACCCAGCGUCUCUCCUCGGGCGACUCCGACGCCCUCACGGAAAUCCUCCCCCUCAUUCCUCCAAAGUAUUCCAAAUCGUCCGCUCAGACGAUGAUUAGAAAGGAAGCCAUUCAAAGCGUGGAGGAAGAGGCAAGGUAUUUUGGUGGUAGCCAUGGUGACAACCUCCUGGACCUCGGUAGGUUACGGGUUCAUGACCUAGAAGCUGCCGUUCUGGAGAAGCCUUCGGAUGUAGGACUGUGGCUCAGGCUGGCAAGGAGUCUGCUGCAGGAGUCUAGUGUGGACAGAGCAUUGAAUGCCCUAUCUAGAGGCCUAGAACUGAACUACAAUUCAGCCCCUCUCUGGAUCCAGUACCUCACAGUCUACAAAGAGAGGGCUGAGAGAGGAGACUAUGUGGAGAUGUGCCUCAAGGCUACUGAGUUGGCCCCUUGCUAUUCAACAUGGUGGAUGUUAUUAGAGGCAGAAUAUUCAGUACUAACCAAACUAGAAAUCUGCAAGAAAAUCCUCCAGUUCCUGAAGGAGUCCCAAACCACUACCACCAAGACAUCUGAAAAGUUAGAAAAGGCUGAAAGCUCUUUCAGGGAAGAGACGCAGGAUAUGGACUGUGAUACAAGCACCGAGCACGCAAGGACUCUGCAAUACCCAAAGAACACAACUACCUGUAGUGAACUGUCACAGGAAGGUGAUAGAACUGCCAAUGUGAACGUGUCAGGCGAAACUGUCAAAGCUGCUGAAGGUGUCGCAGGAGAAAGGACGUUUAAAAGUGAAGGAAGAUCUAGUGGGGAGGAUAAUAUUGAUGAAGGAGAGAGAAAGAUGGAUAUGAAAACAAUGAAUACUUCCAGUGAUGUUAAAGUUAGAGAGAAUUCGGACAAUGUGAGCGGCCCCGUGGCGAGCAGGGAAGAGAUAUCCCAUCAGGCUUUGGAGAUCCUGUUGUAUCAAUCCCAGCUUCAUCUCAAUAUGGGCCAUAAAGAUGAUGCUAUCAAGAGCCUAAAGUGUUCUCUCAGUAUACCUGAUCAAGAAGUUGACAAAGAUGUUUGCUGCUCUGUUUUGGUACCCUUUGACCUCUUCCUUGGUUGGCUCAGCCUUAUGAAUAUUCAUGCGACUGGUAGUCUUCCAUCUAGUCUCUUUGACCCUUCCGCUAGGCUUCCAAGUAAAAUUGUCAAAAAGGAACUGUUCUCCAUUCCAUGGAAGGUCAAUGCUGGUGACCUUAAAAAGCAGGAGGUAGAUGAGCUAUGGGAGGGGGCAACCAAGGCUUGUACGGAGGGCAGGCCCCCAUCAGAACAAUUGGAUUCUAACAUCCUAGAGCUAUAUAAUUUAGAGAUUGAGGAACAACUAGGCAGUGGUGACUGGGUAGAUCAGCUCUGUAAACUUGACAUGGGUCAAUGCAGGCCAUCUAAAGAAGGCGAGGAACUAUACUGCCGCUGUAUUGAGGCGCUUCAUAGGAGAGAGAUGAAGCCUUCGGAUGUUUUAAUGCAUGUGGAGAUGGGCGUGAGUCAACUCCCUUUCUCAUGUCGCUUGCACUUCAUGGAAGCUCAGUUUCGUCGUCUUUUCUGGAUCGAUGACCCUAGGUCAUCUCUUCGCCAGUGUAUCAUCAACUUCUACCAGCCAGAGUCUGGUGAGACCGUAUCGGACGACGAUCUGCUUCAGCUUUAUAGACAUCGAUUGAAGCUACCCAUGCCUCUGGACUUCAAACCGCCACCCUCAUCCCCAGGAUCUCCCGCCCAGCUCAGAGAGGACAAUAAGACCUACAUGUGGCUCUGUUACAUCAUGCUAACCAACUUCAUCCUGGGGGAGAGGUCGGCAUGUGAAGCCUUUGAGAGUGCUCUCGUCAUGGUUCAAGGAAGGAAAGAUUUGGAGUUGAUUUGGAUUGAGUAUUUACGCUUUGUCGCUAGCAACGCGAAAUCACCAUCCCUGGACUCCAUUCCCUCGCUAGCAAAGCUUGUCCACCGAUGUUUGCUCUCCACGGCAACGCAAUACCCCCUCCCGUUCUCGAGGUCAGGGGAGACGUGGAACGAUUUCUCCUUUCAUAAUCGGGUGAUUGCGUUGUAUAUGGAACAAGUACACAAUGGAGAGCGAAUGGAGGAAUAUGAAAAGCUUCAACUGCAGAUGCCGGAUAAUGUUAUUCUUGCAUACAGAGCAUGUCAGUAUGCAGUUGAAAGUGGUUUCUCUCAGCUUGGUCUUCAGAUAGCCUACUCAGCCCUCCAUAGAUCUCCGGACAGCAUCGUCUUCUGGAAAAUAGUAAUUUCAUUGGCCCUUCAAAGUCAACGGUACAAAGAGGCACAUUCCCUGUACGAGCAAGCCGUUCUCUACAAUCACACAGUCUCUUCAUUGUGGAAAGACUUCAUAUCGUUCGUGAUCGCUCACGACGACGAGGCGACAAUCCGCGAUCUACUCCAGCGGUGCCAAGAGAUCGGUUUUCAGCAAUCAGACGUUCUUCCCGGAGCACCGAUAACGUGACACAAUUGCAGGUAAUUGAAACAACCUGACUCAGAAAAUCCAUCAACUGAGAGCCAAACGCUCAGGAAGACGUCUCUGUAGGUUAUAGCCAACUGGGAUAUUAGGCGAUGCUGAUCUUGUUGUUGCUGCCUCUUGCUUCUUGGGUGCCCCAAGACUUGUAUGUGAUUGGACGAAAGGAUUACUAUAGCCAACCAAUCACCAAGUUGGAAUUAUCGGUAGUGUAAGUAUGAGUGUUGUAAAAAUCAUCCCCUGAUAUAGCAUCUUGCUCAUUUACUUUCAAUUUAAACCCUGAAAAGACCCUUGUUUUGUUGAAGUAAAAAUGAAUUUUUAUCAUUCCUCUAUAUUGGAAAACUUGGUUUCUAGCUUAAGCCUACUUGACAAUCAUUGUUUGUAAAUUGGCAGUCACCAAAAAUAUGCAUAACAUGUGCUGCAAAACAUAAUCAAGUAAUAUAUUUCUGUAAACAUUUAAGCCAUUUUAUUGGUGACAUUGAAGUCAUUUUAUUGGUGAUUUUAAAGAAAUAAUUGCCCGAUGUUGAGACAGAAGAAUUCAUCCUGAUACUUUUUAUUACUGAUAAUAAUUUUUUGUGCUUUGCCUACAUGUAUGUUUUUAUUUUUUAUUUAAUCAAAUGAACAAGAUGCAUAACUCUUUGUUUUUCUUUUUAGCAACCCCUUCCACCUAUGUUUUAUGUUAAUUUGUAUCUCCUUUCUUUUCCAACUCAGUAGCUCAACUCUUCUUUCAAAAUGAUGUUUCGUUUAAUAGUUCACAUGCUUUAAAUCCCUCAAAACUGUUCUGUUCUUCAAUGACAAUUGCAUGGCCAUCUCUUCUGUUUAUAUUUACAGAAGCUUUAAAGUGCCAUCGACUUAUAGUGAUGGCAAGCUAAUUUUCCAUAGCUAUGCUUGAACUUGAAUCUCAGAAUGGAUUUUAUUAUCAAAAUGCCAUGUUUACCCCAAAUAUGAGUCAAGUAAAACAGUACAAUUUUAUCAAAAUUCGGUGAGAAAAUAGGAAAGUGUUUGCAUAGGUUAAUGAAACAGGGAUAAAGUCAUAUUCUGGGAUGUAUCUGAAUUAACAAUCCAAUUAUGAUAUGAGCUCUCUUUUUUUUGUAUCCUCAGUGGAUUCAUUGGUAUAGUAAUGAUAAAGUCACUGUUUUGUGUUUUAAACAGAGCAAAUUCUAAAGACUGAUUUUUAUAUUAACUUUCCAUUUUUUCUGUUUUGCCUGCUUGAUAUUAGUCCGUUGAUUCAGCUUCUUGAUGGUCGUGACCUUGACCAUUUUCCAUCCUUUUCCCUUUUAUAUGGCGGCUUUGGGCUUGUAUUCUAUCUUUAAACCAUGGACUGCCUUACUUUUGUUUGUGUUAAAUGUCACUGUACAUCUUAUUUCCUUUUUUCUUUCAUUGUGAGGAAAAUCCCAUCAUAUACUUGUUGUACAAGUUUGGCCGUUGCUACUGUUCGGUUUGUGUUGUAUAGCAAAGGAAAUACUGAAACUCUCACAAAGUGUAAUAUGAUGGCCAUUUUCACAUGAAAUGUCCCUGAUGUUGACAUUGAAAUGUAUUGUUGCAAUUCAUUUUGUCAAUAAUUAUGAGGGACUAGACCUUUGAAAAUGAGGUCAAUAACUUUUCAUGCUCUACAGAUAGGCCUACAUGUAUCUUUCUAUAAACAUGCUAUUUUUUGCAAGCAAUUAUACUUGUUGCCAAGACAGGCAAAAGCUUUAGCAAUUUUACAUUAUUGACAGAAGCAAUGUUUUUGGCCAGUAUGAUAAAGAAUAUGUUGAUUUUGCAUAUAUUUUGUUGCAAAGAUCUGAUGUUACUGUGAGAAAUGUCUAGUGCAUUAUAAUUAAAGUGAUAUUGUUCCCACCUUAUUAUUAAUACCUGAGCUUACUAACUCUGCAUACUCAUGUUGCAGUGUAUACUAUGGUUUGUAGUGCAGUAUCAAGCAAUGCUGAACAAUUUUGUAUGUUAAUUAUUGUUCAUGAAUCGUAUUCUGUUGGGCUGUUUUCAUGAAACUGUUCGUCAAGUAAAUUAUGCUCAACAUUACAAAUGACUGGAGUAUGGCAAGCCAAAUGUGUGUCUUAAUGAUGUUGAAAUACUUAGAUUGAAAUCAUCAAUUGAAAUCUCAACAGUGAAAUUAACUUAUAUAUAUUUUGGCCUUAAUAUAAAGGAAAUUAUUUGAAGAAAUCCAGUUAUAUUUUGUUAAUAUGUCACUCGUGAUUAACUUACGUAUGCCACUUUAUAUUUCAGUUGUUUGUAAAAUUGUGCAUAACUUUAUGAAUGACUUCUUGAAGUACCCCCCAAUGUUUGUAUCUUAUCUGCAAAUAUUAAUAUCAAUAUGAAAGAAAGAUGUUUAUAUUGAAUAUGAAAGAAAAUAUAAAUCACAAUUCCAGAUUUCAAGGUAAAUUGAUGCUGUAUUAUAUUCAUAUUAUACAGAACAGAAAUGAUUUUUUUAAAUCUUACAAAUAUAUUGGUUAUUUACAUAUAGACUUAGGUCAUUCUUAAGCUUUCAGUAAAAAAAAUGACCAAUUAAAUAGUUGGUCAAGAGUAAGAUAUGCAUUGUGUUCCAAAUUUCUCCUUUGUUUGUUGUGGUUUUGUUUUCAUAUGAACACAUUGCCCUUUGUCAAUCUUCAUAUUCUCCCCAAACAAAGUAUUUUAAAGAUAUAAUUAAUAUGAAACCAUGAAGCCCUGGGUCGACGAGGAGAAAGGAACUCUUGCAAGAAUGCUGUCCGGGAUCUCUUAUUGUGGUCUUGUGAAGAUUCCUUGAAUCCUGUAUUGGUGACGAAGAGGGAACAUAUACUAUUGCCUGAAAAGAUUGGAACCAACCCGCUCUAAAUAUGCAGCCGAUUGUGUACACCAAAGAUGUCUGACUUGAUCCGCUUUUACUGGAUAGAAGACUAGACCAUUACAGGAUCAUGAAUGGAUUGGAUUAUGAAGUCAAAGGCUGGAUUCAAGACUAUCAGAUGACUGGAUAUCAAUUGGAAUAUUGCUGACCACUUUGGGGAAAAUUUGAAGCUUCAUCACUGGAAAAUAAUUUAAUUCAAAAUUUAAUUUUGCUUAAUUUGGCCACUUUUUCUAGUAUUGAUUUAAGCUCGAUAGUAGUAAAAAAAAGAAUCUUGAUAAAUGAAUAUUACAAUCAUAAUUUGAUGAAUGUAAAUUUCAUUUGAACUUAUUCUUGAGAAGUUACAUAUUAUCUUUAAAGAUAUAUCUUCUGAUUAUUUUUCUCUAAAUGUAAUGUUCUUGCUGCAUAUUCAAUUUUAUUUCCUCGCAGUUUGGACAAUUGUGAAAUAAAUUCAUUAUCAGCAAAAUAAUUCAAAUGAAAUAUGCAAAAUUAGCAAUUGCUAUAUGAUUUGAGGUUAUCCCAAAAAUGUCAAUGAAAUACAAAAUAUCUCUUCAAAAACUUCUUUCUGAGCAACAUCAAUUUUGAGUGUUUUUCUUCUUUGGAGUAAGCAAAUUUGAUGAAUUCACACAAUGCAGUAGUAUUUUGAAUGUCAUUGUGAAAUUUUUUGGAAUAUGUGAGAAAUUAUAUGGUUUGUAUGAAAAAUUGAUAUUUGAAGAAAUAUGGAAUUCAAUUUGAAUCCCUUUCCCUUAUUUGGUGAAUUUCUGUCAGAAAAACAAAUCAUGAAUAAGAAGAAUUUCAAAUGCAACCUUUUUAAAAAGUUAUUACUUUUGAAGAUUUAAGCCAGAAAAGGGUUAGAUGUCUGACUAGCUAUGAGUCCCUUUCUUAUUUUUCUUUGUCCUUCCAAAAAUGGAUAUAUAUAUAAAAAUUUAUUCAUGUUUUUCAUACCCUCUGUUUGCUGCUUAAAAGAUGGGUUAAAGGGCUGCCCAGAAAUUUGUCAAUUAAUACCCUUUAACAAAACACAUGUGAAUGAUUUAAUCCAAGUAUUUCAUUUUCCCCUAGAUUAGUAGUAUAUUUCAAGGGGGCUCUUUCAUAAAAAGUUUUUUAAAGAUAUUUUCAUUGACUAAUUUGCUAUCAGCCAAUCAGAUGCUUUGGUUUGCAGUAGCUUAUAACAUCUGUCAGUGAAAAUCACUUACCAAAACUUUUCAUGAAACUUUCCCCAGGCGAGACACUAUUACAACACAAGGGCCCGUAUUUUGAAGUUGGGUUUAACUUAAACUCGGGUUUAAAGUUAUGGUUUAAGUAUGGAUAGCCAAUUGUUACAUAAAUCACAGUAGAGAUAUCAUAUUUCAGCUCAUUUGGCUCUCAAAUCAUUCAUAAUUGUCUAUGAAGUAUAAAUUGAUGAUUGUCUUCACCAUUGAAGAAUCAGGAAAGAGCACAGUAAAUAUAAGAUACAUACAACUUAAUAAAAAAAUUUGACACUUUUGGCUUCCCAUAAUUUUAGCACAGAGUUAGACCAUGGUCUAAGUUAAACCAACUUCAGAAUACGGGCCAUUGUGUUUUAAAUGUCUCGCAAACUUUAAAAGUCAUAUGUUGUUAAAUUUUUAUGGUGCUAUGUAGAACAGAGUACUACUUAGAAAUUACAAUUCAAUUAGAAAGAAAUAUAUCAAUACAUUUGUUUAAGCUGGGAAGCUUAAGAACCAUUACAUUGAUGCUUUUAAAAUUUAGAUAUAUUCUGUGCAAAUCCAUUUGAAUUACUUGAUAUUUUUUAUCUUUAGAUUUAAGUAAUUGAGUGGAUUUGAUGACUUGAGAAAUUGAACAGUUUCUUAUACAUGCUUUUAUUGAGAACAGACCAGUUUUAUUUCACUUGUGAUGUUUUAUGCAUGAUGUAUGUACUAUGAUAUGAUUUCGGGAAAAUUAUAUUUCUUUGAGUUUUAAGAUGAAAAAAAUAUU